UCCGGCCGGGCCGGCGCUGGGGCAGCGGAGCCGCGGGGGCUCAGCGCGGUGGCCGCCAUGCCCGGCAUCGAUAAACUGCCCAUCGAGGAGACGCUGGAGGACAGCCCGCAGACCCGCUCUUUGCUGGGAGUGUUUGAAGAAGAUGCUGCUGCAAUAUCCAAUUACAUCAAUCAGUUGUUUCAAGCCAUGCACAGAAUAUAUGAUGCUCAGAAUGAAUUAAGUGCAGCAACUCAUCUGACUUCAAAGCUUCUGAAGGAAUAUGAGAAACAGCGUUUUCCACUCGGGGGAGAUGAUGAAGUCAUGACUUCCACUCUGCAGCAAUUUGCAAAAGUGAUUGAUGAGCUCAGCUCUUGCCAUGCAGUACUUUCAACUCAGCUUGCAGAUGCAAUGAUGUUUCCUAUUACCCAGUUUAAAGAAAGGGAUCUAAAAGAGAUAUUAACUCUAAAAGAAGUUUUCCAAAUUGCAAGCAAUGACCAUGAUGCUGCCAUUACCAGAUACAGUCGGCUGUCAAAAAGAAAGGAAAAUGAAAAGAUCAAGGCUGAAGUUACAGAAGAUGUAUAUACUUCAAGGAAAAAACAGCAUCAGACUAUGAUGCAUUAUUUCUGUGCAUUAAACACUCUCCAGUACAAAAAGAAGAUUUCUCUGCUAGAACCCCUGCUGGGAUACAUGCAAGCUCAGAUAAGCUUUUUUAAAAUGGGUUCAGAAAAUCUUACUGAGCAACUGGAAGAAUUUUUGACCAAUAUUGGCACAAGUGUACAGAAUGUUCGCAGGGAGAUGGAUUGUGAAGUAGAAAACAUGCAACAAACUAUAGAGGACUUGGAAGUAGCCAGUGAUCCACUGUAUUUGCCUGAUCCUGAUCCUACCAAAUUUCCUGCCCAUAGGAAUCUAACAAGGAAGGCUGGCUAUCUCAAUGCAAGAAAUAAGACAGGGCUGGUGUCCUCCAGCUGGGAGAGACAGUUUUACUUCACUCAAGGUGGAAACCUGAUGAGCCAGGCAAGAGGAGAUGUGGCUGGGGGCCUUGUGAUGGACAUAGACAAUUGCUCGGUGAUGGCUGUGGACUGCGAGGACAGGCGGUACUGCUUCCAGAUAACGUCCUUUGAUGGCAAAAAGUCUUCAAUCUUACAGGCAGAAAGUAAAAAAGAUUAUGAAGAGUGGAUAUGCACCAUAAACAACAUAUCUAAGCAGAUAUAUCUAAGUGAAAACCCUGAGGAGAUUGCUGCCCGUGUGAACCAGUCAGCUCUGGAGGCUGUCACUCCUUCCCCUUCCUUUCAGCAGAGGCACGAGAGCCUGAGGCCAGCUGUGCAGUCUCGUCCUCCUGCAGCUCGUACCAGCAGCUCAGGGUCCCUGGGCUCGGACUCAGCAGCUCUCUCAGCACUUUCCUUGGAUUCCCUCGUUGCCCCUGACACUCCCAUCCAGUUUGACAUCAUAUCUCCAGUCAGUGAAGAUCUGCCUGGCCAAGCAAAGUCAUCAGGGCAAUCGGGCAGACGCACCAAUCCUUUCGGGGAAUCUGGAGGCUCAAAGCCUGAAACAGAAGAUUCAAUUCUUCAUCAGUUAUUUAUUGUGAGAUUCCUUGGCUCUAUGGAAGUGAGGUGUGAUGAAAGCCCAGACGUUGUUUAUGAGACAAUGCGUCAGAUACUCGCAGCGCGCGCCAUCCACAACGUCUUCAGGAUGACAGAGUCACACUUGUUAGUCACUUGUGACUGUUUAAAGUUAAUUGAUCCACAGACACAAGUUACAAGACUACGAUUCCCUUUGCCCAAUGUAGUGCUGUAUGCUACACACCAGGAGAACAAGCGCCUGUUUGGAUUUGUGCUCAGAACCUCAGGAGGGAGAGUGGAGAGCCGCCAGACCUCCAUCUGCUACAUAUUUGAGUCAAAUAAUGAAGGGGAAAAGAUUUGUGACUCUGUUGGAUUGGCCAAACAGAUAGCUUUACAUGCAGAACUGGAUCGAAAAGCCUCAGAAAAGCAGAAGGAAAUAGAUAAAGUCAAAGAGAAACAGCAAAAAGAACUGAAUAAACAAAAGCAAAUUGAGAAGGACUUGGAGGAGCAGAGCCGGUUGAUAGCAGCUUCCAGCAGAUCCAACCAGAGCAGCACAGAAGGACAGUUUGUAGUCCUUAGCAGCAGCCAGUCAGAAGACAGUGAUUUAGGAGAAGAUGGAAAAAAGAAGAGAGAAUCUGAAGCCUAAGGUUGCUUGCUUCAUUAAAAUUGGAAUCAUCCAUAUAUCUGGUGAAAUGGCACAAGUUCUACAAGAGGUGAAAUGUAGGUGGAGGGUCUGUCGUGUUAUAGAAAAGACUUCACAAUAUAUAGACCCUGUUAUGCCUUGA